GUGCCCUCCAUACUACUGUAAAAUUUCCAGUUCCUGCAGAACUUCAUCUCUGCGAAAACCCUAAAAGCAGGCGCUCUGACAGCUCAAAACCCUAGCUCUAGGCUCUAAGCCCUAAACCUAAAUCCUUAUCCUUACCCUUUUCAUAUUUCUGAUUAUAUAAUUCUGGGUGGUGCUUGGAUUGCAGAAAUCCUUCUGUUUUCAUGGCGCUUCAUGGAUCUGGUUUUUUCUGCUUAAAUGCGAUGACUCAAAAGGAAGGCUCAAGUGGUGGCGAAAGCAUCGUAUUGGAUGCGCAAACCUUGGAGCGUGAUCUAGACAUUGCCAUUGCAGAGGAGGACUAUGCCAAAGCAGCACAAAUUCGUGAUAGCCUCAAACUUCUGAUGCAGGACAGUCUAACUUCUGUUAGAACAGCAAAUGCACAAUUCUACGAGGCAUUCAGGAUUGGGGAUUUAGCUGCAAUGCAAGCCCUUUGGGCCCAAAGGAAAGAAGUCUGUUGCGUGCACCCGGGUGCUCGUGGAAUCUAUGGUUACGAAGAUGUUAUGACUAGCUGGGACUACGUGUGGGCAAACUACGAAUUUCCACUAGAGAUUGAGCUGAAAGAUGUUAAUGUUUACGUUAGAGGGGAUGUCGGGUAUGUUUCUUGUGUCGAGUUGGUGAAGACAAAGGGUAGCAGUUGGGGUGGACAGUUUGCAACAAAUGUGUUUGAGAAAAUUGAUGGUAAAUGGUUUAUCUGUAUUCACCAUGCUUCAGUUCUUGACUUGUGAAUUUUACAAACUCAAAUACAUGUAUAAUGUACAACUUCACGGUUUAUAUUGCA